AUGCGUUUCACCACCGUCCUGGCCACCCUUGUGGCUGCCGUUGCGGCGGCCAAAGACAAACGCACUUUUGCGGUCCUGCAUCAUUAUGGACAGGGUCCUCUGACUACCUGCCGAGCCGAUCCCAUCAUCAGCCCCGGCGGCCCAUCGAGCCACGUCCACACCGUCAUGGGUGCCAGCAACUUUGGCUUCAACGCGACCGGGGAGACGCUUCGCCAGUCCAAAUGCACCACGGCGAUGGCCAAGGCCGACCUCAGCGCCUACUGGUUCCCAACGCUCUACUUCCAGGAUCCGGCCACGAAGCUGCUGGAGCCGGUCAAGAUGUUCUACAUGAACGUCUACUACUUCUUCGAGCCCACCCACGACGACAUCAAGGCCUUCCCCGUGGGCCUCAAGAUGGUCAGCGGCAAUGCCAUGCUGAGGACGCCCCCCGCCACGACGGGCGACAACCAGCUCGACCCGUCCAAGGGGCCCAUCCAGCCCGUGCAGAUGACCUGCCCCCGUAGCAGCUACGACCCCCCCAGCUGGCCGGCCGACUCCAAGGGUCUCCUGGCGGGCAUUGCUUCGCAGCACGACAAGGGAGCCGGCAUCGGCUUCCCAUUUGAAGACUGCGACGGAUACGCCUCGCCCUUGCGUGUCGACAUCCACUUCCCCUCGUGCUACAACCCCAAGGCCGGCCUCGAGAACUACCAGAACAACAUGCAGUUCCCCACCGACGCCGGCGACGGCAAGUCCGACUGCCCCGAAGGCUGGAUCCACACCCCGCACAUCUUCUUCGAGACCUACUGGAACACCCACGAGCUGCUUCCGCGCUUCCAGAGCACCCUGGGCAAGAGCAGCCCCUUUGUCUUCUCCAACGGCGACGUCACGGGCUUCUCGGCACACGGCGACUUCAUCGCGGGAUGGGACGAGGAGGAACUCCAGCACAUCAUCGAUACGUGCAACGCGGGCCACGCCGGCAUCGACACCUGCCCGGGCCUCAAGUACGGCGCCAACGACCCGAGCGAUUCCUGCACCAUCGAGUGCCCUGUUGACGAAAAGGUCGACGGCAAGCUGGAGAAGCUUCCCGGUAACAACCCCCUCGCCGGCUGGGCCUUUGGCGGUGGAGACAUUCUUGCCCCUUCGCCUUCUCCUUCGCCUUCGCCGUCCCCAUCUCCCUCGUCGAAGCCCCAGCCUGGAAACGGAGACGACAACACCCCGCCCAACACAACCCUCAUCGCCAUCCCCUCCCCCUCCAAGCGUCCAUCUCACCACGGGCACCCGCACCCUAACCCAAAGCCCUCAUCGUCGGCGUCCUCCUUCUCCGCCGCCGCAGUCCCCGCGCCCUCGCCCAAACCGUCCCCGAAGCCGGUUGAGCCGAUCGUGCAUGUGGCUACGGUUGUGGACACGGUGACGGUGUGGGAGACGACGACGGUGUAUGAGGAUGAUUUACCGGCGCCGACGGGGGCUGCUGAGAAGCAUGCGGCUAGGCAUUAUGCGAAGCAUGCUGCGAGGAGGUAUCACCGGCGUUAA